UUUAGAUAUCAUAGAAAAUCAUCGACAUCAGUUUAACAAGAAAAAUGGAUUUUCAAGGUUAAAUGUCAAACCCUUGGAAUCAUUCAAAACCAUCCUAAAAAUCAUGGUUUUUCAUCUCAUUCAGUGAAUUCCCAUGUUUUCAUAUCUUCUUUCGAAGUGAUUUAAGGAUGUGUAUUUCUUCGCUGUGUUUCUUUCCAUCUCAGAGACUCAAAGAUAUACAGCCACGGAAUCAAGAAGAAACUGUAAAAGGUCCUGACAUGUCAAAUGGUUCACUUCAUUCGGAAGAUUCAAAUGAGGAUUUUGCAGUAACGACAAAUGAAAAUAAAGAUGAUAUUCCAGAACCGAUAGAAGACGAUGAUGAAGAAGAUCUGGCUAGUCAAAAAUCUACUAAAAGUUCUGACCGGAUUUCUCUGACUGGCAAGAAGUACGAAAGAAGAUCGGACUCAAAAAGGACGUCUAGUGCUAAUGCUCUGACAUCAAAAUCAGAUACAACGCCAGUCCGCAAAAGUAACCUUCGGAAAGCGAGUAUGGAUUCAAAAGCAAGUAUGGAAAGUCAAAGACGUUUUGUAUCAAUCUCAAGUGAAAGCUCUGUAUUAACAGCUAUGAAUAGGAAUGUUCCCAGGAGGAUUGUGAAUUUAGACGGAAAAGGUAACAAUAAUGCAAGUAAAACAACACUUCCUCCCAAAGAUCAAUCGCAAGAAGAUACACAGAGUGCUAAAAGAAGAGCCAGUGUGGACUCUAAGGGUAGAAGAGUAUCGUUCCAAGAAGAGGUGAAAGUUAGAGUGUUCGAUGCGAAUGAUAGAAGACCUUCGGCUGCUAAAAAACCACCACAGGAUAUAGAUAAUAUCGACACCCUAACAGAGGAAGUAUCCGAGAGAAUUUUGCCCAAGCAGCCUAAAGACGCCCCUGUACCAUCUCUGGAAGAGCUCUGCAACACAUUGGCGUUCGCCGAUGAUAUUAUAGGUGAAGAGAAGGAAAAACGACGGGCGACUACAUCGAGAGGCCGUACUCCUUUACAGUUGCCCGUUGAUCCAGCUGAGUUUGAAAAUACAUUCGAUGAGAUGGACUUGUUCAUGCGCAGGAAUUAUCCCAAGUACUACUACUUCCUCAGAAGCCAGAUAGUAACCGCAGAUCCGAAUUCUGAGAGUUAUAGAAGUCAGGAACUGGAGUUUAAGGAAGCCAUCGUAGCCUGUAAGCAACAUCCUGAAGAGUAUUUGAAGGAGCUGGAGAAAACGAUGUGCUAUUAUGAUAAAAUGUCGAGUGGCCCUCAUCAAGAAUAACUUGUAUUAAAUUCUGACUUGAUUUGGAUUAUACAAAAGAAUUUGAUUUAUUCA